UGCCUCCAUCUUGCCUUUGCUGAAGGCAGUGUGAAGGCACCAGCCGAACUGGAGAGAGAAAGCCAGAUCCAACCUCAUAUUUGCUGAUCUUGGAGGGCCUAGAACUCCAGGGUUGCCUGGGAAGAGGAUGCAGUCGGAUCCUGUUCCGGUGCCACCAUCUCCAAGACCAGAUGUCCCCCCAGCGACACCAAGUAGAAAACCCUCGUCUGCACCUGCCAGAAACGGCAGUGAUGAAACAGCAUCCUUCCGGCAGCAGAAAUUAGAAUACCAGCGCCGUAUCAUCGAAAAGAAGCAGCGCCGCAAGCGCCAGGAACCGCUUAUGGUGCAGGCCAACAUGGACUCCAAGGUGAAAGGGCGUCGCGGGGGGCGCAAGUCUGAGGAACGUGUCCCAUUGAUGGAGUCUUGCAGUGAGCACAGCCUGUUCAAUGGCACAAACAGUCCUUUCCUUGUGGAUCCUGUACCAGAAGCCCAUUUGGGCACUCACCCAUGGAGCGGCUCUGUGCAAGUGAAUCGAAUCCACAAUGGCCAAGGAGAAAGCGCAGAUUUCUCUGAUGAGGUGGAGCUUGAAGAAGCCAUCUUGGAAGAAACCCAGCCUAUUUGCAAGCAGGAAUUAGAACCCAAAAAAGGCUGGCAGGCCAAGCAGAGAGAAGGGCGAUCCAAUGUCCAGAGGCGUGAGCAGUCUUCCAGAUCUAAGAAGGAAGUCUUAUCCCCAAGCCGCGAUGUACCAUCUGUUAUCAUGGAUAUGACGGAUUCCAAGGACAGCCUCCAGCAAGAAGGCCCAGAAUCUGCAGAAUCCGAGGAUGCUCAUAGCAAACUGUAUAACACCUGCUCUCUCCAAAGUAACUCUGAAAGCGAGGAAGAGUCAUCCCCGGAGCUGACUGUACCACCCUCGCCUAUGAAGAAGCCCCGUGACAGGAUGCUUGUACAAAGAGGGUCUCUCACCAAUGGAACGAGGAGCGUGAGUGAGGACGAUGAAGAUGAAGCGGAGGAUGCCGAUUUCCAGGAGGAUCAGGACGACAUGCUGAGCAGGGUCAUGUACACCCGUGAGGAGAUCGGUGUGUCUAGUACUCCAAGUGGGGAAUCAAGCAUCCCGCUGUCCCUCAAGGUGGACGACAUCGAGGCGUUUGUUCUCCAGCCUUGCCCUCAGGGGAGCACAGUCCAGUGUCGCAUCACACGGGACCGGAAGGGGAUGGACAAGGGCAUCUUUCCUUUCUAUUACCUGCACCUCGAGAUGGAAAAUGGAAAGAAGCGUUUCCUCAUGUCUGGACGGAAGAGGAAAAAGAGCAAGACUUCCAAUUAUCUCAUUUCUCUGGAUCCCAUCGAUCUGUCACGGGGUGGGGAGAGUUUCAUUGGAAAAGUCAGAUCUAAUGUGCUGGGAACCAAAUUUACUGUGUUUGACAGUGGAAUUAGCCCAGAGAAGAAACCUUUCGUUCCAGAAUCAGCUGAGCUGCGGCAAGAGCUGGUCGCCAUUUGCUAUGAAACAAAUGUCUUGGGCUUCAGGGGUCCACGGAAAAUGACAGUGAUCAUCCCUGGCAUGAACUUGGACAAUGAGAGGAUUUGUAUUCGGCCUAAAAAUGAACAUGAGACCUUACUGAUUCGGUACCAGAACCGGAACAUGCAGAACCUGAUCAAACUCCACAACAAGAUGCCAGCUUGGAAUGAGGAGACCCAGUCAUACGUCCUCAACUUCCAUGGACGUGUCACUCAGGCCUCUGUCAAGAACUUCCAGAUCAUCUCGGAUGAUGACCCCCAGUACAUUGUGCUGCAGUUUGGCCGUGUGGCACCUGAUGUGUUCACCAUGGACUACCGCUACCCGCUCUGUGCGCUUCAGGCCUUUGCCAUCUGUCUGUCCAGCUUUGAUGGGAAACUUGCUUGCGAGUAGAGGCCCAACCUAAUUUCUGAGCACCAACCCCCCCAUGGUGGCUUUGCUACAGCUUGUUUCCCGCUGUCUCGUAAAUCUGAGCAUCAUCUGUUUGGUUUUCAGUAUCACUCACCUUCAACUUCUGACUUUCUCAUACUUUCCGGGCAGGGGAGACACCAUGAUCUUUUGUCAAGAUGGACCUCUGUGCAACCUAUUACCUCAAGACAGUCUUCCUCUUGUUCUCUCCCAUUUGACAAGAACUUUCGUAUCAAGUUCUCCCAGGUUAUUGUAACCCCCUGACUUUCCCUUGUCAUUUGCUUUGGCAACCAGAUUUCUGGUUUGUGCAACUCUGUAGCUGAACAUCAUCACUUUGAUUCAGGCUUCGUAGGCCUCAACUCAGUUCCUCAAAAAAAAAUGAUCUCGAUGACAACCCAUCUAUGCAGGAAACAGACUGCCUUGUCAAGUGUAGAGCACAGCUCUGUUACUGAAGAAACAGCACAGUUUGCCAGCUUCAUGUAUUCAUAACAAGAGAAGGAGUAGCCAUGCUGAAGGGGAAUGGCAGCCAUUUUGAUAUGAUGAACUGAAGCCACAUCACCCACCUUCCCUGCUGUAUAAAACUGGGUAAUAUAUUGGAAAUAAAA